GGCUAAAGGUGAAAAACAGCUAAUAAAUAAAUACAAAUAUGUAUAUAUAUGACUGCUGACAUACACUCAAAUAUGACAAUGAACACAUGGGUAAACAAGUAAGGUAUGUUAUAAUCUAACCCCUUAUCUUUGCUCCUUUUUUUUCUAUUUGUGCCUUCUGUCCCCCCCACCCCCCACUUUUUAUGAUCUAUUGUUAAAAUUCUGUGUCAUGUUUAUUUAUGGGAUGUUGUAACGUCAACAAAUUUCCAAAGCGGUUCUUAGGUUUUUUAAGCUUUGUUUGUAUAGUAUUAGUUUUAAAUACAAAGUAAACAAAUCAUCAGAAGUUUGUCAGAAAUAUAUAUUUUCCUUAUUUUUAUAGCAACGAUUCUGCUAAAUUUGUCUUUUCAUCAAACGGACGCACCGUGAUGUUUCAUUGGUCACAAACUUCAAGGUGAAGUUUAGGUAGGAGGAGGAGGAAGGGGAGGUGGACUCAGGCGCGGAGCAACCCACUCCAACGCGAGCGCAGAGCGCACGGAGUCAGCAAACCCGCUGCGGAUCAUUACGGAUAUCUAGAAGAAAAUAAUAAUUUCACGCUGACAGAAACUUAAUUUCUAUCUAGGAUCUGACUUAUUUAAAGGACAUGUUGGAACAGAUUUCCAGGGGAAUCUCCCUGUUCCUGUGCUGCGCUCUGUUAGAACCCGUAUUUUCAUUGCAAUUCCAGUGUGACCUGAUGCUGGAAAUAGAGAAGGAGAGGAGCAUUUGCGAGGCUCAGAUUGAAAACAAAACAACAAGCUGCAGUGUGGAAUGGGACAACAUCACCUGUUGGCCUGGGGCUGAAAUUGGGGAGGUGGUUACCAUUCCUUGUCCAAAGUAUCUCUUCUAUUUCUCUGAGGACAUGCCGCCACGAAAUGUGUCAAAGACCUGCACUGCGAAUGGCUUAACCCCCAUCCGAGUGGACUACGUGAGGGAAUGUGGUUACAACCCUAACAACACCGUGGAGGAAAACUCAGGGAAAUUCUACAGUGCCAUUAAAGUGGGCUACACUGUUGGUCACAGUGUGUCACUCAUUUCUCUGAUGAUCGCCAUCUCUAUAUUGUGUCUUUUCCGGAAGCUGCACUGCACAAGGAACUACAUCCACAUGCAUCUGUUUGUGUCUCUUAUCCUCAAAGCUGUGACAGUUUUCAUCAAAGAUGUGGUUCUGUACGACGUGGGAGAGACCGACAACUGCCAGGGGUCGGUGGGCUGUAAAGCUGUGGUGGUCAUCUUCCACUAUGGGGUCAUGGCAAGUUACUUCUGGCUGCUUGUUGAGGGCCUCUAUCUGCAUGCUCUGCUGGCCGUCUCCUUCUUCUCCGAGAGGAAGUACUUCUGGUGGUACAUAGUGAUUGGCUGGGGGGUUCCAACAAUCUUUAUUUGUGCAUGGGUGAUUACAAAGGCUUAUCUGGAUCAUCCCGGAUGUUGGGAAACAAUUGACGACAAUCUUUGGUGGAUCAUCCGAAUUCCUAUCUCACUCUCUAUCCUUGUAAACUUCUUGCUUUUCAUUUGUAUAAUCCGGAUAUUGCUCCAGAAAAUGAAUUGUCCUGACAUUGGAAGGAGGGAAUCUAAUCAAUAUUCGAGACUGGCCAAAUCCACGCUUUUGCUGAUUCCUCUCUUUGGGAUAAAUUACAUAUUAUUUGCCUAUAUUCCUGAAAAUAUGCACGUGCAAGUGAGAAUGGUGUUCGACCUUGUCCUUGGCUCAUUUCAGGGUUUCGUGGUGGCCAUCCUGUACUGCUUUCUAAAUGGAGAGGUGCAAUCGGAGAUUAAGCGUAAGUGGCGCAGGUGGAUGCUGCAGAGGUUUCUGGGGACCGAUGCUAAGUACCAGCAACCCUCAAUGGGCAGCAAUGGCAACAACUCCAGUACCCAAAUUACCAUGUUGACCAAAUGCAGCCCGACAACUCGACGGGCGUCUAUAUAUCAGGAGCACCUCUCUGUUAUCUGAAAAUCCUGGAAAGUUGGUUUCAUAUCUUCUCUUACCAUGUACUAAGUGUAUGACUUGCAUGUCUUUUUCAGUAAGAAAUCUCCAGGUAUCCUCAUACUAGCCAAUCUUUUCUACAGCUGUGAAGGUUUACCUCUGAAGACAGAUGUGUCCAGCUGUUGCGGUCGUUGUGAUUUUGAUCAAUUACCUGUUUGUUUUCAAGUACUGGCAAAACAACAAAACCAAACAAAACAUACAAACUGCCACCUAGUGUGAAAAAGUUGUGGAAGAGUGAUCCACUCUUAAGCUACGUUCACACCGCUCUCCGCAACGCAUGUUCAAGCAACCGCUUUCACGCAAAAAUCAAUGUAAGCGCACAUUUCAGGUUUCCACAUUCAAAACUCUCAUGUUCACACGUAGUCAUGUACAUUUUUUUAAGACCAUUUUGGGGCUCGGAGUACAAAACACGUAGGCAUGGAACGCAUAUUCAAAGUUAAACCAGGUUGAACUUUGACCAAUCAGGGACUUGGAUUUGGUAGUGACGCAUAGAUCCACACAAGUGCCAACUGUUUGACAAUUGAGCACGGAGGAGAAAUGAAUAUUUCUGCUUUGUGUCCAUCUGGAAUUAUAUGACACCAAGUCUUUCAUAUAUCAGAAUAGAGCUGGGAUUUGCUCCAAGGCUUUUCCAACUGCAGGUGGCAGACAAGUGCUAGUAAACAUUAGAAAACAAGAAGAAGCCCCUCCCUGCCUAUCCAAUGUGAACACCAUAAGUUAAAUGAACUUUCAAGAUUGUGGGUUUAGCCCAUUCUUGAAUAUCGAACAUAGCUUAAGACCUGGAUUCCUCUGUGAGUGCAGAUCAGCAGGGAGUAGGUACAGGCAAAUAAGUAUGACUAGUUUGAGUACACCCUUAGUUAAUGUUUCACUCUCAUAAUGGGACAGAUUGUGACUGCUGUUUAUAUCCUUGCCUAUACUGACAGGUAUUGAGGGAUUUCCUGAUCUGAAGCCUCGGUGGAGACAUUUGACCUUUUCCAUAAUCUCAUCUUUAACAAAUCCUAAAACAAAAAAUCAAAUUCUUUAUAAACUAUCUGAAGUUGCAGACUCAGAGGAUGAUGAAGAAAAAUCACUGUGUCAUAGUAGCAGCACAUUUGCAGUGCAGGCCUCAAGGAUUUGUCAGGGUGUGAUAGUAGAUAAAUGCAAGAUCUAUAAAACACUCCAACCACUUCACUGAUUGAUCCCAUUUUUUUUAGAGACUGAAGGUAGAAACAGGCUGUUUAAAAGAGUUAUCUCGGAAAAGUGUAUACAAUAUAAUGGACCAAUGGACAUCCAGUCCAGGCUGUGACAGUUUUAUACCGAGCAUCAACUCUGCUGAAAUACUGCCAGAUAACAUUCCAGAAAAAAAAGCAGGGUUAGUUUUUUGUAUUUAUAUUUAGCUCAGAUCACAGAGAGUUUUAAGUUUUUAUGAGAGCGCUCUCAUAUCAGAUGCAUUUCAUUAGUCCACGCUGGACAGAACUGUAAAUAACUGUGAAUACGUAUGCCAAUAAAGGUAAGGUGCAUGGCUUUUUCUGUACAGUUACAGUAUGUUUGAUCUUAUAUUUUUAUUUUUAUUAUCCUUUUAAAAUGAUUAGAUAAAAGGGUCGAAUUUAAAAAUGGUCAAAGUUGUGUUAUAGAAACUAUAACUGCUCAUAUCUAAAAAAAACUGUUACAAGCAAUGGCCUUUAAUAAAAAAUGUGGCUUUAAAAUUUUUUUUAUAUCUCACAUGUGUACAUAGAUUUAAAUGAUAAAAAACAAUCAGUUAAAAAAUAAUCUUUUUUAAAUAACAAGUUGUAUAAAUCAAAUUUAAUAGGGAGGGACAUUGGUGGCAAAAAGGGAAAUUUGUUAAAAUGAGACAAUCAUCUACCUGUUGUGAUAGGUUAAAAACCCUUCUGAUAUAUUGUUCGAAUGGGAUUUUUCCAUACUUUGAAAUGUAACGACAACUAAUGUUGUAGAGCAGAACUUUAAUGACAUUUUAGUCAGACUCUUAGAUGUAAAAAUGGACUAAAAAGCAAGGUGGCUCAAUAUUUGAUCCAAAUAUUUAUCUAAAACUUGGUGUUUCUCUUUAUUUUCUUUCUGGGCUUGUGUCUGUGGUCCCAGCUUUUAUAAAGCGGAAAAAGUAAAGGUACCUCAAAACAAAUACCGUACAGAAAUACUACAGUAUGUCAGCUGUAAAUAUGGAUGGGUUUGUGUUGUGUUUUGUGGUGAUGCUUAGGUGUCAUCUUGAAUGUUUACACUUUAAACUGUGUUUCUCACUUGUGGAAUUUAAAUGUUGUUGUCCUAAAGUUGUGUCCGACUUGUAACCCGUUUGUUUGUAAGGAAACAUGUCAUACAAAUGUUGUACAAUGUGUAAAAAAAACAAAAACGAUGUAAACUUGUUAUUGAUCAAAUGAAGAAAUUUAUUUGCACUGUG